ACAGUACUUUUGAUAGCGUUGAAUAAGCUUAUCUUAUGAGACGUCAGAUGUACAAUGGCCACGGAGUAUUUCCAUCGGUUUUUGUCAUUCAUCCUUUAUCCUUAAUUUCUUCUAGAUUAGUUUCUAAUAAAAGAAGAACCAUUGGUCUGUGUUCUGAUAUAGACAUUCUCAGAUACAGAACAGCAAUUCUUAACAACUGAAUAUAAUAUAAACUGACCUGACAAUGAUAGUAGGUAGAAAUAGACGAUAAACAAAUACUUCUACUCCUACGAUGUCGAAGAACGGCACGAGAAAUGAGAUCGACAUGGUGGAGGCCCGAGUUGCAGCCUCCAUUUGCCGACGGUUUCAAGUCGUUUUCUGCUCCUCCGCGCUGUUCGUCGACGAAUUUCGUUUAAUCUUCUUUCUUUCUUCGGCGCUGAUCUGUGGAAACUCCUUUUCUCGUAAUCGCGUCUUUUUUUUUUCUUUCUCUUUCUUUCCCUUCAGACUUUCCUUUCCAAACUUCCAUCGUUCUGAUAUUGAAUCCCCUGUCUCUCGUUCCAGGAGUUGUCAAUCAUCCCACUGUGGUUGCCGCCUUGCAGCCCGUCUCUCGUUCGCACCAGCCUCCGUCUUGCACCGCCAUUGUCGAUUAUCUCCAGUUUGGCACUUUUGUCUCUCUUUUUCUUUUCUAUUUUUGUCAAACAAUCCUUCUUUUGCCCUUCCAAGUCAUCGCUCUUUAAGCUGUGCUAGGAUCGAUUGGCCGCGAUUGCUCCACACCACUGUCGCAUCGUUUUCCAACGCUUACGCAAGACCGACCUCGUCGUUAUUCCAUGCGAUCUCUUUACAUCAUUUGCAUUGGAUCAUCAAGUGCUCGAUUUUGAGUACAAUCAGGCAGCUUCGUUUUGACUCGAUGUCGGUUGCUUGUGUAUAAACCAAUCCAGAUACGAAACUCGAGUCGAGGAGAAGCAACCCUUACUUUCCAUCCUGAUCGGGUUUUUUGUUAGUAAUCGCAAUUUCCUGCCU